UGUUUUAUUUUGUUAGCGGUGCUUGAAUUUAUAAUUAAAACUUCCUUGCAAAUGAGUGCGCCCGUCAAAAACAAUGGCACUGGACUUGAGGAGGUGAACAUACCGGGCCAGGCCUACCUACGUGAGGCUCUCACCUCAUGUACGGACCCGCUAAAAGCCAUUGAGAGUUUUCAGCUGGAGAAUGGAGUGCUUUUGCCCUCGUUGCGGCCGAUGCUACCAUUGCUGGAUCUCCAUGGAGUGCGCCGCCUGGACUUCCACACAUCACUAAUGGAGGAGCUGCGCGAUAAGCUAAUAGCGCACAUCAAUGAGUUGGGACAGAGAGAGGCGCGUGAGCGCGACAAAAAAUUAAAGGAGCUGUUGAUAAAGAGCUUUCCCGUAGUGCGGGUCAAGUCGCUGCGACCCGUCGUAAUGGCUAUUUUGCGAAACACGCAGCACAUUGAUGACAAAUAUCUGCGCAUUUUGGUGCGCGAUCGCGAACUGUACGCGGACACAGACACGGAGGUGAAGCGCCAGAUUUGGCGCGACAAUCAGUCGCUAUUUGGUGAUGAGGUGUCACCAUUACUAUCCCAAUACAUCCGCGAGAAGGAGCACACGCUGUUUGACCACACAAACCUCAACAAUUUGUUUUUCCAUCCGACUCCGAAAGUGCGGCGUCAAGGUGAGGUGGUGCAAAAGCUAGCCAACAUGAUUGGCACCAGCGUCAAACUGUACGACAUGGUGCUGCAGUUCCUCCGCACGCUCUUCCUACGCACCCGUAAUGUGCAUUACUGCACCCUGCGGGCUGAACUUCUAAUGGCGCUGCACGAUCUCGAGGUGCAGGAGAUUAUUUCGAUUGAUCCAUGCCACAAGUUCACUUGGUGUCUGGAUGCAUGCAUACGUGAGAAGAAUGUGGACAUUAAGCGAUCCCGUGAGUUGCAAGGAUUCCUCGACAACAUUAAGCGCGGUCAGGAGCAGGUGUUGGGUGAUCUUUCCAUGACCCUUUGCGAUCCCUACGCAAUAAAUUUUUUGGCCACUUCGGCUAUCAAGAUAUUGCAACAUCUAAUCAACAAUGAGGGUCUGCCAAGGGACAAUCAAAUUUUGAUCCUGCUUCUGCGAAUGCUGGCUUUAGGCCUAAGUGCCUGGGUAAUGAUCGAUUCGCAGGACUUCAAGGAACCGAAACUGGACUGCCAAGUAGUUACCAAAUUUCUGCCCGCGCUCAUGUCACUUAUGGUUGAUGAUCAAUGUCGCAGUCUGCAUGCGAAACUGCCGCCAGAUGAACGCGAAUCUGCGCUGACGACCAUCGAGCAUUCGGGUCCGGCACCAGAUGCCGUUGAGGCAUACAUCCAGGAGAGUUCGGUGGCCAGCAUACUAGCCAUGUACUAUACCUUACACACGGCACGCACCAAGGACCGCGUUGGUGUGCUGCGUGUCCUCGCCAUUCUGUCGGCCUGCAAAGACGAUCGUGCUUACGAGGACCCCUUCUUGCACUCUCUGAUUGCCUUGCUCAUACCCAUGAGCGAGGAGUUCGCCACCGAAGACUUCUGCACAACACUCUUCGACGAGUUCAUUUUCGCCGGUCUCACGCGUGAGAAUGUCACCUCCCGGCACAUGCUUAAAUUGCUGUGGUAUGUGCACAACAAACUGCCCGCCGGCCGUCUUGCCACACUCAUGAAGGCGAUGCAGCCGACGACGGCACACAACGAGCAUAUUCACAAGCUCUACGAGACGCUCCAGGAACGGAUCGGCACAGUAGCGCCCGACACGCCCAUACUAGAGCCGCCGCCAGUUGAGUUCGACUCCCCACUAAAGAGCGUGCCAACGCCAGGACCCCACUACACCAUUCAAUAGCCCGAGGCGGCCGCAGCUGCUGCGGCUGUGGGAUAACUUCCGUCAUUCGGUUCUGGGGCAAUUCGAUGUCAAUCGCCCACCAGGUCAACAUCCUUAUUUAAUAAAGCACAUGUAUCUCAUGUACAGAGCCAGGCCAGAUAAGGUGCACUUCUAUAACGACAAGUCGUUGGAGCUAAACACUAGGUUUUUAUUUUUAUAUUUUCUGUAUUGAAUGUUAGUUUCAAAAAGUUGCAAAUGUCGACCAUGGUGGAGAAGGGUUUUUGUUUAAGAUUAUAAUGAACCUUUCAUGGAGCUUACAACUGCUCAACCAUGCAAUGUUGCAAUACAAGACACUUUUUAUCGGAUAAGUAUUUCAAACGCCAAGUUAUUGUGAGGCGGAACAUGCUGGACGUACAAAUAAUCAACAAUAAUUAAGAGACGGCACAUUAAAAUACUGAACAUUUAAGGCUUAAAAUAUAUAUAUAGAAUUAUAUCCACACAUGUAUGUAGACGUACGAAAAAUAAAAAAACUAGCCUUAUGAUUA